CCCCAUGGCCCGAAUUCCCGUCUCACCGGUCGCCUCCUGUUCGGUCUCCUCGCACACCAAUCUUUCCUUGGAUUUUUGUUGGGAUCUCUUCCCUCGCCCCGGAAAUAUCUGGUCCCGUCUUCUAGAUUACCAUAGAGAGGAUUUACCUACUAAAAAGGCCGUCUUUUUCGGUGGAAGUAUGAAGCGAGGGUACGAAGAGACCGCCUCCAGCUCCUUCGGCCCGCCUCAAUCCAAGUUCAGAUCGAACUCAUACGGUGAAUCGCGUAGUGUUGAAGAUGAGAGCACGAAGAAUGCAUUGAGAGUAGCGGAGCAUUACAGCGCGAGGUCGAAUCAGACUCUGGAGGAGCGUGAGGCGAGCCCCAUCAUCCAUUUGAAGAAGCUUAAUAACUGGAUUAAAAGUGUCCUCAUUCAGCUGUAUGCUCGUCGGGGAGAUUCUGUGCUUGAUCUUGCUUGUGGAAAGGGUGGUGACCUGAUCAAAUGGGACAAGGCAAAAAUUGGAUAUUACAUUGGUGUUGAUAUAGCAGAAGGCUCAAUAAAAGACUGUAGAACUCGCUACAAUGGCGACCCAGACCAACAACAACGUAGGAAGAAGUUCAGUUUUCCUGCUCGCCUUAUUUGUGCUGAUUGUUAUGAGGCUCGCUUGGACAAGUAUUUGCGUGAUGAUGCACCAUAUGAUAUAUGCAGCUGUCAGUUUGCCUUACAUUACUCAUGGUCAACUGAAGCACGCGCAAGGCGAGCCUUGGCUACUGUCUCUGCCUUGCUUCGGCCUGGAGGCACCUUUAUAGGGACAAUGCCUGAUGCAAAUGUCAUUAUCAAAAGGCUUAGGGAAGCUGAAGGACUGGAAUUUGGGAAUAGUGUUUACUGGAUUUGUUUCGAUGAAGAAUAUGCUCAGAAGAAAUUUAAAUCAUCUAAUCCUUUUGGCAUCAAGUACAAGUUCCACUUAGAGGAUGCCGUUGAUUGUCCUGAGUGGAUCGUCCCGUUCAAUGUCUUUAAAUCAUUAGCAGAGGAGUAUGAUUUGGAGCUUGUUUUUGUGAAGAACUCCCAUGAAUUUGUAAACGAAUACUUGAAAAAGCCUGAGUUUGCUGAGCUCAUGCGUAGGCUUGGUGCAUUGGGUGAUGGAAACCAGGAUCAAAGCACUCUAUCACAAGAUGAGUGGGAUGUAGCAUACCUGUAUUUGGCAUUCGUGUUGAGGAAGCGAGGCCAACCACCUACUAGUAGGAGGAACAGCAGCAUAAAUAAAGGAAAGAUGUACAUAUCAGACGAUGACAUUGAGUUCAUCAGAAAUGGUUCCUGAACCUGUUUUUCCUUAUUUUCCAAUCUGUUGGGGUCGCAUGCAGUAUAAUGAUUGCUGUAUCCUCCAUUCACAUACUACAGAGAGUUGGAGCCUACAACACAGUACUUAAAAGGAGCUUCCUGACAGCUAAUAAUGCAAGCUAGCCAGAAACUUCACUGAACCUAACCUGGUUUAACAGCAUUGUAUUUUGUAAUUCAACUUUUCCUCCUGAGAUAAAUUGAUGAUAAAGUUUCCUUGUUCUUAAUGCAUGGCUCAUAAUUAGAUUUUAUGUACCACAAGGGAAAAUCAGAACAUAAUGAUGAAGCUUUGAACUGGUAGUGUUGGCCAGUUCCUGUUUUUUUGUCCUUUUCAUA